GAAGUGCGUUGCGCUUCUCUCUGUCCAUAGAUGAGGCGAGAAGGAAGAAAAUGCUAGAAAGGGGAACGCGGAUAAUGAAACGCUAAAUAAACACACCGUGUCCUAACGAGAGAGCACAAAUCUACAUCUGACCAACACAGGGAAAGGGAGCUGUUUGUGAUCGACUGGGGAGCGAGAAUUGACCAGAUCACUGUGACCUAAAAUCCACGGCCAUAAUAUCCUCACUCUUCAUCAGAGAUUAAUACGAGAUCACAUUCAAGUAACCCAUCUAACCUACAAACGCAAACAUGAACACUCACGAUUCGGAGGUAUACACGGUGGCACCGGAGAUGCCCGCGAUGUUUGACGGCAUGAAGUUGGCGGCGGUGGCCACGGUUCUGUACGUCAUCGUCCGGUGCCUAAACUUGAAAAGCCCCACAGCUCCACCAGACCUCACUUACCAGGAUACAACACUCAACCACUUCCUGCUCAAGUCCUGUCCUAUCCUGACCAAAGAGUACAUUCCUCCUCUGCUAUGGGGUAAAAGCGGUCAUCUGCAGACAGCCCUCUAUGGAAAGUUGGGUCGGGUCAGUUCACCACACCCUUUCGGCCUGCGCAAAUACCUGCCCAUGCAGGACGGGGCCACGGCAACUUUUGACCUCUUUGAACCCCUGGCGGAUCAUCAGUCCGGAGAGGACGUCACCAUGGUCAUUUGUCCUGGCAUUGGGAACCACAGUGAGAAGCACUAUAUCCGCACUUUUGUGGACCAUUCGCAGAAACAGGGCUACCGCUGUGCUGUGCUCAAUCACCUCGGGGCCUUGCCGAACAUUGAGCUCACCUCUCCUCGCAUGUUCACCUAUGGUUGUACGUGGGAGUUCGCAGCAAUGGUGGGCUUCAUCAAAAAAACAUAUCCCCAAACCAAACUUAUUGUGGUGGGCUUCAGUCUGGGGGGAAAUAUCGUCUGCAAGUUCCUGGGAGAGAACCGCACCAACCAGGAGCGGGUGCUGUGCUGUGUUAGCGUGUGCCAGGGCUACAGUGCACUAAGGGCUCAGGAGACGUUUCUGCAGUGGGACCAGUGCCGUCGUUUCUAUAACUUCCUGAUGGCUGACAACAUGAAGAAGAUCAUUUUGUCCCACAGGAGCGUCUUAUUCGGUGUGGGCUCCACUAAAAUGGUGGAUGCAGAUCUGAGCCGGCUCUAUACCGCCACUUCCCUCAUGCAGAUCGACGACAACAUCAUGAGAAAAUUCCAUGGACACAACUCUCUGAAGGAGUACUACGAGAAGGAGAGCUGUGUUCAUUACAUUCAUAAUAUAAACGUGCCUCUGCUGCUGGUGAACUCUGCUGAUGAUCCGCUGGUGCACAACACGCUGCUCACCAUUCCUCGCACACUCGCAGAAAAGAAAGAAAACGUGAUCUUCGCGCUGACGCUGCACGGGGGACACCUGGGUUUCUUCGAGGGUGCCGUGCUGUUCCCUCAGCCCCUCACCUGGAUGGACAAGGUCAUUGUCGGCUACGCCAAUGCCAUGUGCCAGUGGGAGAAACAGAAACCACCAUGCCAAAGUCAAGGCGCCCAUUCCACCGAAACCAAAUGCCAAGACAGUAAAUCCUAACCGACCCCGUCUCCGUUUCACCUCCACUGAGACAUUUUCACCGCGCACACGAGGGAUCGGACCACCAUUUUCAAGCGUUCACUGUCAGUGGGGAAUAUGUGUUUCUCUUUUGUAUCACGACAUGAAUCGUAACAACUUUUCAAUGGAGAAAACGGAAAAGCCACUCGAUUUACCAAAAACAAUCAAAUAACCUGUGUAGCGAGGGCACCCUUUUAUAUUUACUGUAGUUUGUAGUUAUUUACAUGCAAGCAGUAUCUCUUGCCCUCUAAUUAGGACACUGAAAACUGAUUAGUUUAGCACUGCUAAAUAGGAUCUAACGGAGCCGAGUGAAUCUCACAAAAACAUCCGAAAUCAACGGGGGGUGUACAUUUUGGGAUAAUAUUAAUAGGCAAUAUUUUGCAUAAAUAAAAUGAAGCCUGUUUUUGGACAAUUAAAAAGUUCAGCACAUUCCCUUUGUAAAAAAUUUUUCAUUUUUUAAUGAGAAUUGCAUUCACAAAAAUCAAAUGGCCAUUACAUAUAAGCUUAAUUUUUUUUAGCUAAAAUAUUUCUUCCUUUCUUUUGUUUUUGGAUUGAAAUACCUACACAUGUUCUCAAUCUCUUUUGUGAGAUUCACUCAGCUAAACAGUGAGAUUCACUAUUAAACAGACCCGGCGAACUUCGUCACGCGUGGGUUUAUGGGAAGUGAGUGUUAUGCAGGCACUGUGUGCUUACGGAUACGACUGGCACGCCAUUUGACUGCAUAUUAGCAUUUGAUAAUAAGCGGCUAUCUUCGGUUUUUGGCCUGGUAACUGUUUUAGCACAGGCUAGCAUUCACAUCGCUCAUAUUUUAAAGCUAACUAGACCUUCUUAAAUAUACCAGAGUAUGAUGAGAAACGUCAUUAAGCGUGAAUCUAUGUACCAGGCCUUGUCGGUUGAAUCCAAGUCACAUUCCUAGUUUUUGUUUUGCACUUUUAUAUAUAAUGUUUGCCAUAGGAUCCGUUAUGUUGUCAUUAAGAGUCUAUAAAGACUAGGCGACCAUAUUAAAAUUAGAAAUUAACAAUGAAAACAAGAGGGAGAGAGAAAACCUUGAAUAAUUGACUCGAUGAUUCCUCCUGAUCACAAGCCCACUACGAUCCCACAAGCACUACGAGCCGGUUUAGAUGGCGAAUCCCGUUGCGUUCAAGCCCUGCUGGAGAUCAGCAGACACUGUUGCUGCAGUAUUGACUCGUGUUUGUGGAGAUCCAUUGAAGUUGGUAGAAAUAGAUUGUGUAUCGUGUUGAUUUGGGACCCAGUGGGAGACGACAGUGCAUUUCUCGCUGCAAGUCUGUGAAAACUGGUUACUUAAAGGGAUUUGUGCUAUUGUAUUGUUUCGGUUUAUUUUUUCUUUCUUUAUCAUUUCACUGUUUUGUGCAAUUACUUGAUACAUUUAUGUUUCUUUACUCUUGGAAUCAAGACUGUCUGAAAUGGAACUGAACUUUUUUUUUUUAUGUUAA